AGAAAUUAUUAACUACUGCUACAGUAAUAAUUUUGUUCCAAAGUAGGAAAAAACGUAUGUAUUCCUAAUGUAAAAGUCACAAACGUCAGGCCUGACGUAUGCUCCACCGUCCCAUCUCCUCAAUAAAAUACACAGAAACAUAUCAAUCUAAGCGUUAAACCCAAUCGCGUUCAUUUUUUCUUCCAAACUUUCCAGUCGCCAUGUCCACCUCAACGCCGGCACACAUCUUAAUCUAUCCUUUCAUAACUUCCGGUCAUAUUAUCCCUCUCUUAGACCUUACCCACCGUCUGCUCAACCGCGGCCUCAUAGUCACUAUAUUGGUCACCCCUAAAAACUUGACUUUGCUUGACCCUCUACUUUCCGGUCACCCAUCCUCCCAACUCCAGAAACUGGUCCUCCCUGAUCCGGAGGACUUUCCUCCAUCUAAAAACCGCCUUAUUGUUAUCAUGCGCUUCUUGCGCGAACGCCACUAUCCUCUCCUUCUAAAUUGGUUUCAAUCUCACACAUCUCCUCCGGUAGGUAUUAUAUCCGAUUUCUUUCUCGGGUGGACUCAUGAAUUCGCUUGCCAGGUAGGAGUGCGGCGCAUCGUCUUCUCCCCAUCCGGUGCAUUCGCCUUCUCCGUCUCUGCUUAUAUUUGGAGUUACAGGCCACAAAACGACAAUCCGGAUGACUUGGAAUUUACGGUGUCGUGUCCUGACAUUCCGAAUUCCCCAACUUAUCCCUGGUGGCAAAUCACUCACUCUUACAGGAUGCUUAAAGACUCGGAUUGGGAGUUUUACAGAAACGGGUAUUUGUCUAAUCUCGCCAGUUGGGGAAUCGUUGUCAACUCGUUCACUGAGUUAGAACGCGUCUAUCUCGAUCACUUGAAACAGAAUUUCGAAAGUGACCGCGUUUGGGCUGUCGGUCCAGUUUUGCCUCCAGACAAUGAUUUAAGCGGAACCGUCAAUCGUGGUGGGUCCAGUUCAGUGCCAUGUCAUGAUGUGCUUACGUGGCUUGAUUCUCAUAAUGACAACUCAGUGGCAUAUGUUUGCUUUGGAAGCCGAACCUCAUUGACGUGUGAGCAAAUGGAUGCGCUAGCAGCUGCAUUAGAAAAAAGCGGGGUCCAUUUUAUUUGGUGCGUAAGGCAACCAGGAGAACGACACGCGCCGAGCGAUUACGGUGUUCUGCCAGACGGAUUCGAAGAUCGUGUGGCUGGAAGAGGUUUCAUUAUAAAAGGAUGGGCUCCACAGGUAGCCAUAUUAAGGCACCGGGCAGUCGGCGCAUUCUUGACUCACUGCGGAUGGAACUCAGUCCUUGAAGGGAUCGCAGGAGGCGUGGUGAUGCUGACGUGGCCGAUGGAUGCGGAUCAAUUCACAAACGCGAAACUAUUGGUUGACCAGUUGCAGGUGGGUAUUCGAGUUGGGGAAGCGACUCAGAGGAUACCAGAGUCAGACGAGUUGGCUCGGAAAUUGGAGGAGUCAGUGGAGGAAACUCGGCCGGAGAGACUGAAAGCGAAGAAACUGCAAGAAGCAGCGAUGAGUGCUAUUAAAGGAGGGAGCUCAGAUGCAGAUUUGGAUGAACUGGUAAAGAAGCUAAACGAGCUUAAAAUUGAAAAUGGAGGUGCUAAGUAAGAUAAAGUCACAUGGAGAUGGAGAGUAGAUUGAGCAAUGAAACUGUGAUGUUUGAUUUUUAGAUUUGAUAGAGCGAGAAAGUGGAGGUUGUUGAGAUUUGAUCAGUUGCAUGGAUUAUGAUAUUCAAUUUUACAUUGGCUGCAGAUUUAAAUAUAGAGGGAAAAGGUAAAUCAUGAGUGCUGUAGCUUUUAUUUUGCUUUUGCCUUGGCUCUCACCCACCAAAGGAAAGGAAAGGACAAGCACAGACAUAUUGUUGUCUUGUUACUAAUCGAAUACUUUUGUCCUGAAAGCAAUUAAUUAAAAAUAAUUUCUCUUUAUCAAAGAUGCAUCAAUUUAUAUUGUAA